GAAUCGGACAAUGAUAAUAUUUUAAACAUAAAUAAUACUCUAGAAUCGAGUGAUAAUCAAAAUAACAUUAUUAUUGGUAAUUUACAUGAUCAUGAUCAGCCUACUGAUGAAAUUUCAAAUCUAUCUAUUAACUAUAGAGGUAGGUAACGGUAACAAGAAAAUGUAAUAAAUAAAUAAUUAAUUUAAUAACAUUGUUGAUGUUACAUAGAGAAUAUUGUAGAUGAUCAUAUGAUUUCAAAAAUAUUGGAAAAUGUUGUUGCUAUUCAUGCAUAUGUAAAACGACACGAUACAAGAUUAGAUAAAAUUGAAAAAUUAUUACAAGAAAACUAUAGUGGCUAUAAAUGUGAAAAGAAUAAAGUUUUUGAUGAUGAAUUUAUAAAUCUAUUUCCUAUGAAAGAUAUCGAGGCUAUUACUAGUAUUGAUGAUAAAAUAAAAACUGACCCAACAUUUGAAUCUCAAAUGAGAGCUUUCAUUAAGACUAUUGGAGGAACUGAUACAAACAAUUUUACGAAACGUGUGUUGCACAGAUUAUUUACAAAUGAGUUGUCAGCAAAAUGUUCAUGGACAGGCUUUAAAUCAAAUUUCAGAUUGGAAAAUUUAAUGUUUAUUGAGAUUAUGAAAGGUAGUUCUGUAAUUGAAUUACUUAUUUAAGAAAUAUUUUAGAAUAAAACACUCAAAUAAGAACUUACUUAAAUUAAUAAUAAAAAAAAAAUAUGUAACAAUGUAACUGAAUUGUUAAAUA